CUCGUCAGUCAAAGGUGGAAUCUCCUUUCCUGGUUCCCCCCUCUACUCUGGAAGCUUAGUUUUGGUGCUUUGGAAUUGUUUUUAUUUGAAUUUUUUCUUCUCCUGCUUUUCACUGCUUUUACUGCGGCGUGGACUUUGGAUUUGAAGUUAUCGCUUACAUUUCGCGUAGGAUGUUUUCCAGAAGUGGGAAUGUUGAUCCCGGCCCUCCGAUCUGAGUAGCUGGGGGUUCAACAGGUCCCACUUUGGGAUCACGCCCCUGGAAUCAUGAACCAAAAUCCAGUGUCUUAUUUCCAGGAUGGCAGAUCUUCUUCAGCCACCCGCCCUGGUUCGUCAGGCUCUGGACAGACCUACACACCCACCCUGACCCCUUCCAUGACCCCCACCCCCACGUGCACUCUCACCAGCAAUAGCCCCAAUAACAAUGCAGCCACCAAAGCAGACUCGUUGCUGUUCAACAAGACUGACGAGAGACAGCGGUUGGCCCGUGAACGCAGAGAGGAGCGCGACAAACAGAACGCUGCCAAAGAGGCCCAGUGGCAGGCACGUGAGGAGCGAGCCAGACAGCACUAUGAGAAGCACCUGGAGGAGAGGAAGAGGAGGCUGGAGGAGCAAAGAGCCAAGGAGGAGAAGAGGCGGGCUGCCGUGGAGGAGAAACGGCGACAGAAAAUGGAGGAGGACAGGGUUCGUCAUGAGGCUGUAAUGCGUCGGACGUUGGAGAGGAGCCAGAGAGCCCGACAGAAGCCCAACCGCUGGUCAUGGGGAGGAACAAUGCACACAGACGCUCCCAGCACAGCAGCCGAUGCUGACAGGCGUUCAGUAUCGACGAUGAAUUUAUCCAAACAUGCAGACCCUGUCAUUACCAAACGCCUCUCCUCCUCCUCGGCCACCCUCCUGCACUCUCCAGACCGAGGUCGCGUUCAUGCACAUUUGUCACUGACAGGCUUUCAGACAAGAACCGCCUCCUCUCCUGUCAUUAACAAAGCUCAGUCCAAACCUCGCCUUCUCCAGGGAAAGACAACCCACAACACAAACACAGGCUUCCGCCGGCUUCCGCUGACGCCGUGGGAGAGCACGAUGGUCAACCGCCUGCAGCAGCCAACACACUCCUACUUGGCGCGAAGUCGCAGCGCUGCAAGUCUGUCUGGAGAGCUAACGGCCAUGCCUAUUUGUCCUCGCUCAGUGUCCUGCCACCCCAUGGGCUCCAUGUCCUUCAAGGCUCUGCAGGCCCAACAGCCCCCUCAUUGCCGCAGCCAGGAGAGGACCUUCAGCAGGGAGAUGGCCUCCUCCACCUCUACCACACGCAGGAGGACCACCGGAGGUCCGGAGCAUAAGGACCAAGACUUUGUCCGGAAGUCAUGGAGCAACCUGUCUUUUCCUCUGACUCCCGUUCUCACUUUGCCCCCCAAAAAGCUCUCUACUUCUUCAUGUAAGCUUAGCAAAGUAACACCGCCCUCUCCUGGCAGACCCCCACAGAAGAAUUCCGGACGGCCUCCGACUCCCAAGAUGCUGAAGUCUCCGAGUGCAGAGGAUCCCGGAAACCUUCGUCCGCUCAGGAUCACACCCCUGCUCACCACACCCACCAGAUCAAAAGAAGAGGGCGGAGAGCAGCUCCUCAGUCCUCUGCAGCCUCGACCUCAGCCAGUGGGUCAGAACAAGACGAGUACGGAUCCGACCCCACCAGCAGCCAGUGAGAGUGUCAGCACUCCACCAUCCCAAAAGCCCCCGGCGGGUAUCACAGACCCGGAGGAGGCGAGCCGCAUCCUGUCGGAGAAACGCCGACUGGCCCGCGAGCAGAGGGAGCGAGAGGAAGAGGAGCGCCGCCUGCAGGAGGAGCAGGCAAGGAUAGCCAGGGAGGAGAUGGCUCGCCGCAAAGCAGAGGAGCGAAUGAAGAGAGAGGAGGAGGCGCAGCGCCAAGCAGAGGAGAGCAGGAGGAAAGAGGAGGAGGAGAGGAAAGCAGAGGAAGAGAGACUUGAGAAAGAGAGAGAGGAGGCCGAGAGAGCCCAGAAACAGAAAGAGGAGGAGGAGUCUCGACAGAGAGAGGAGGCGGAGCGAGUGAGGCAAGAGCGUGAGAAGCACUUUCAGAAAGAGGAGGCUGAACGUCUGGAGAGAAAGAAGCGUCUGGAGGAGAUCAUGAGGAGAACGAGGCGUUCAGAUACACCAGAGAAGAAAGUGAUGCCGAGCAGGAACGGAGACACUGCAGUUACUCCUGCAAGUCCUGGUCUGUCUGCAGCGAGUGUGGCAGUCACACAUCAUAGCAACAGCAACAGUCGCCAAGUGAGCCCCGGCAUCACAGCACUGAGUCCAAGGGAGAACGGGGACUUCAAAGAGGUGACUGCACCAUCUUCACAUUCCAGGCUGACUCCUCCUGAGGGAGAGGAGCAGCGCCACCAGCAGGAGAGAGUUCCGGUCCUUGCCUUCAGGGAGAUCGGCCUUCUAAAGCCUCUGAGUGGGAUGGAAGAUUUCUCAGCUCAGCAGGGACCAGAUGUAGCCUGAUGGCAUUAGACCAAGACGAGUCCACGCCCCAGAGAGUAGGAGAGAGGUGGGAAACCGCACAGCUGUUCAACUCUAACAAGGUAGCGGACCUGUAGCAUCACAGCGAGACUCUGCUGAAAGUCUCCGCCUCCAUCAUCCACACUGAAAACGAGUACUGUAGCCAAUCCCCAAAGAUGGUGACUCCAAAGAACUUCUUAAAGCAUCUCCAGAGAGAAGUUGUCUCCCCUCAGCCGGCAUUCCGAGGGGAUCCAGCCAGCUUUGGAGAGGAUAAUCGGCACCCACCACGGUUUGUGUGCGCGAGACAGCAAUAAUUAUGUAAAUCGAGAUCAACUGUACAAUCGCCAGUUGUGAUACUUGAAGCAUUUGUAGCUUUAGUGGGACAAACAAGUUCAGCAACGUUACGACUGAAAGU